AUGUCCAGGAGCAGACAUCCUUCCUCUGUGAGGCCUGAUUUCUCCAGGUCAGCAACUACCGCAGGCGAUAAUCUACUUAUUCCCGAUGGACCAGUCAGUGAGGAAACUGCCCAAUUGAUACACGACCUUGUACACCCACACCACGAUAGCGAAGCGACUUUGGUCGAUACAUAUACCACUGCAGAAGAAGAAGAGGAACGCGAAUAUAGGAGACGGUUGCCAUGGUGGAAGAGACCGUCGCCUGUAUGGCUACUAGUCUUGCUCCCUAUCACCAGCAUAUCUAUGAGCGCGACUUUGGCACCCAAAGUCGAAAUAUACACUGAUCUUGCGUGUGCGCAACACAAGCCAGAGAUUGCGGACAAUCACAUUCCUUCUAUCACUCCUUAUCUUCGUACUACCUCUGCAGUCGCCAUUACCAACUUUCCCGCCACCUCUCAUAAUAUUUCAGGAGAACUACCUGGAGCCAUCGAAAUACCUACGAAGAAGCCUUCGAAUCCUUGCAAGAGCGAUCCCGUCGUUCAGGCGGCUGUGGCUAAACUCGCGGCAGUCAUGACUGCAUGUAUGGGUGUUCUAAGCUGCAUCACGACGGGAUGGUGGACUUCAUUCUCCGAUCGUCAUGGGCGUACCGCUGCUCUUGGUAUAUCAGUAUUUGGUAUAUUGAUAACAGACGUGAAUUUCAUUCUCGUCUACUACUUUUCUCGAUCUCUACCUGGAGGAUAUUGGUUCCUCGUUCUUGGACCUCUUAUAGAAGGUUCAAUGGGAGGCUUUACCACUGCUAUAGCAACAAUCCAUGCCUAUUUGGCAGAUACGACCACUUCUGCUUCCCGUUCACGGAUGUUCUCCAUGAACCUGGGGCUUCUAUUUAUCGGCUUUGCGCUUGGUCCUACGCUCGGUGGUCUGUUAAUCCGGUUCACGCAACAAACAAUAUACGUCUUCUAUGUGGGCGCCCUCAUACACAUGAUAUACGCCUUCAUGAUCUGGUUUAUCGUCCCAGAAUCAAAUAGCCAAAAGAAGAUGCAAAGGGCUAGAGCAAAAUAUCAAGAGGAACUUGAACAAUCGCAACGAGCUCGUGAAGGAGCCGGUAUACUCAUUAGAGCAAAACGAUUAUUCUCUUUUCUGACACCUCUGGCCGUGUUCAAUCCUGUACCGGUGUCAGAAAACCCACUCAAACCGCCUCGUCAGGAUUGGAGCCUUGCUCUGAUUGCGUUGAGCUAUGCAUUCACUGUUUCCGUUGUAGGAUCCGUCACGUAUAAGUUCCAGUAUGCUGCUUCAGCAUUUGAUUGGAGUUCGGAGACGCUUGGGUAUUGGCUGAGUCUGGUCGGUGCGGCUCGCGCCUUCCAUUUAGCUGUCAUCCUUCCGCUUUGUAUCAAGCUGUUCAAACGAAAACCUCCCAAAGCAUUGGCCGAAGAGUCUGAGCCUUUGAUCUCAUCCCCCUCAAGUGCUACACCACCGACUUCUGACGCACGCUCCGAUUCCCCGUCACGUCUCAUGGAACCUCAUUCUAGCGCAUUUGACCUAGGCCUCGCGCGAAUAUCGUUGUCCGUGGAAAUUCUGUCGUAUCUUCUCAUGGGCCUCGUGACCACACCUCUGGCGUUCACCUUAUUUGGAAUGCUAGGCGCACUAGGGGGCGGUUUUUCGCCUGCCUUGCAAAGUGUCGCUCUUGAGAUGUACACCGCAAGGGGAGGCACCGAAAGCGGUAGACUUUUCGGCGCUUUGAGCGUGGUACAAGCCUUAAGCUCCCAAAUCAUCGGACCGGCCAUGUAUGGAUUGGUAUACAUGAAAACAGUCGCUGUGUUUCCACGAACAAUCUUCUUCGUCUCAGUGGCUUCUACGUUUAUAUCUUUCGUGUUCCUGAGUUUUGUCCGCCUUCCACGAAGUGACGGUGCCAGAAAAUUAACACUUGCUGAUACGUCCGAAGAAAGGUCGGGGCCGCAUACAAGAACAGAGGCUUGA